AUGUUUCAGGAAUUAAAUCUGUCUGAAUCUGAUUCAUUUCCUCAAAAGAAAAGAGGAAGAAGCUAUAAUGAUCGUCAAAGUAAGAUUUCAUAUUUAAAGAUAGUCUCAAGUUUAGAGAAGUUUGAGUUUUCUAAAUAAUACUAAUUGUUUUUAGAAUUUUAUGAAAGUAGUCAGAAUGUUCCAAUUGACUUUUUAUAUCUAAAAGAAUAUUUUAAUGUUGGUUUAAAUGAUUGUCCAAAUGAUGGUGAAAUUUACAAAAUUUAAAAGAAAUUACACAAUCGACGUUUCUCUUAGAGUCAAAAAAAAAGUUGGAGUUUUGAUGAAAAAAAAGUAUUAGUAUGGGUGAUUGGAAAGUAUUGUUCAAUAAAAUAAAGAAAUUGCAGAUUUUUAAAUAGUGAUGAUUUUAACGAAAUUGCUUAAUAUUUAUUUAGAAGAAAUGUCGAAAACAUAAAAUAAAAAUGGACUUCUAUGCUAAAGACAUCUUUGAUUACAUAACCAUUUACUUUAGAAGAAGAUUAACAAUUAUCAAUGUUAUAUGAUAAAUAUAAAAAUGAUGAAAAUAGAUGGAAAUUUAUUGCUUAAGAGAUGAAUAAAGUUAAUUAAAUCUACAGAACAAGUAAAUAAUUAAGAGAAAGAUGGAUAAAUUAUUUGGAUCCUUCAUUAAUAAAAAUUAAGGAUCCAUGGACUGAUAGGGAAGAUUUGGAGUUGAUAUAUUAGAUUUAAUAAAAAGGAAAGAAAUGGACAGAUAUAGCUAAAUAAUUGAAGAGAAAUGAAAAUCAAGUAAAGAAUCGAUAUAAUGGUUUAUUAAAAAGGGAUGAAGUAGAUGAUGAUUUAAAUAAAUUAAUUGAUAAAAUAUUAUGGAGGAUUAGCAAAUAACCUAUAGAAGAGAUAAAAAAUCAUAAUUAAAAUUAGCAUAAUUAAAAUAAUCAUAAUCAAAGUUUAUUAUUAGCUGUAGGAAAUAUUGAUUAGAUAAGCUAAGAGGAAACUUAUGAAUUGACUCCAUGUAUGGUUAAUCUUAAGACUAAUUAAAUAUAUUUUACUCCAAUUUAUUUAUUAUAGGAAAUCCUUUAAUAUUAAUAAUCAGAUGUUAGAGAUGAAUUUGAAAAAAUAAAGAGAGAAAUGGAGAAAUUUGAACCACCUUAAUUUAGAGUAGCCUCUUUAUCUAUUAUUAGCGAAGAAUAUUAAGUUCCUUAAAUUUUAAAUAAUCAAUAACAUUUUAUAUAAUCAUUUUCUGAUAUGCCAAACUUUGACUCUUAUAAUUAACCUCCUUCAAUUGAUAUUAAAACAUAUCUAAAUCCAUUUUAUUCAUUAAAGAAUUUAUAGUAAAAAUACAUAAAAUAUCGGACUGAUUUAACAUUACCAAAGAAAAGGAAUUCUUUAGCUUGGAAAUCUUUGCCUUAAUUAUUAAUUUGUUGA